GUGAAAAAUAAAGCACCUGCAGAAGUUCAGAUCACAGCAGAGCAGCUCUUAAGAGAAGCAAAAGAGAGAGAGCUCGAGCUUCUCCCACCACCUCCCCAACAGAAGAUCACAGAUGUUGAGGAGCUGAAUGACUAUAAACUCCGGAAAAGGAAGACUUUUGAAGAUAACAUAAGAAAAAACAGGACUGUUAUCAGUAACUGGAUAAAAUAUGCACAAUGGGAGGAAAGCCUGAAAGAAAUACAGAGAGCCCGUUCCAUUUACGAGCGUGCUUUAGAUGUAGACUACAGAAAUGUCACACUGUGGCUGAAGUAUGCAGAGAUGGAGAUGAAGAACCGCCAGGUUAAUCAUGCCCGAAACAUCUGGGACCGAGCCAUCACCACCCUUCCCAGGGUGAACCAGUUCUGGUACAAGUAUACGUACAUGGAAGAGAUGUUGGGGAACAUUGCUGGGUCACGUCAGGUGUUUGAACGCUGGAUGGAGUGGCAGCCAGAGGAGCAGGCUUGGCAUUCCUACAUUAACUUCGAGCUCAGAUACAAGGAGGUGGACAGGGCACGUACCAUUUAUGAGAGAUUUGUAAUCGUGCAUCCUGAUGUUAAGAACUGGAUCAAGUACGCCCGCUUUGAAGAGAAGCACAGUUACUUUGCUCACGCAAGGAAGGUAUAUGAGAGGGCAGUGGAUUUCUUUGGAGAAGAGCAUAUGGAUGAGCACUUGUAUGUGGCUUUCGCAAAAUUUGAGGAGAACCAGAAAGAAUUUGAAAGAGUAAGGGUGAUCUACAAGUAUGCCUUGGAUAGAAUUCCGAAACAGGAGGCCUCAAAUCUCUUCAAGAACUACACCAUAUUUGAGAAGAAGUUUGGAGAUAGAAGAGGAAUUGAAGACAUCAUUGUCAGCAAGAGAAGAUUCCAGUAUGAAGAGGAAGUGAAGGCAAAUCCACAUAAUUAUGAUGCAUGGUUUGACUACCUGAGGUUGGUUGAAAGCGAUGCAGAUGCUGAGACCGUCCGAGAAGUGUAUGAAAGAGCCAUCGCCAACGUUCCCCCAGUUCAAGAGAAGAGGCACUGGAAGAGAUACAUCUAUCUUUGGAUUAACUAUGCAUUAUAUGAAGAGCUGGAGGCAAAGGAUGCGGAGCGAACCAGGCAGGUGUACCAGGCCUGCAUCGAGCUCAUUCCCCACAAAAAGUUUACAUUUGCCAAAAUGUGGCUGCUGUAUGCCCAGUUUGAAAUACGCCAGAAAAAUCUUCCACUUGCCAGAAGAGCUUUGGGCACAUCCAUUGGUAAAUGUCCGAAGAACAAACUGUUCAAAGGGUACAUUGAACUGGAGUUACAGCUGCGAGAAUUCGAUCGCUGCCGAAAGCUCUAUGAGAAGUUCCUGGAGUUUGCCCCAGAGAACUGCACCUCCUGGAUUAAGUUUGCAGAACUGGAGACCAUCCUGGGGGACAUCGACCGGGCCCGUGCAAUAUAUGAGCUGGCAAUUGGCCAGCCCCGGCUGGACAUGCCCGAGGUUCUUUGGAAGUCCUACAUUGACUUUGAAAUUGAGCAAGAGGAGUAUGAGAAAACAAGAAGUCUUUACCGCAGGUUACUUCAGCGGACACAGCACGUUAAGGUAUGUGUGGCAUUUUCUAACUUUCAUAUGACAACAGGCAUCUCUUACAUGGAAGAAGCAUUUCCAG